GAAGACGACGAAGAAGAAGACGGCGAAGAACAAGACGGCGAAGAAGACGAAGAAGAAGACGAAGAAGAAGACGACGAAGACGACGACGAAGAAGAAGAGGAAGUAGCAACCAGCUAGAAAGGAAGAGUACUACAACAAAACGUUCGUCAAUCACGUAUUUGGCUCAUUGUUUGCCUGUGCUGCGUGAGAAAAAUCGUCGGUUAGGCGGAACUCCGCCGCGCACUUUGGUUUUGAAGUUUGCAGUUUAAGAGAACUUUGUUAACAUCGGUUGUCCGCUGACUCCAACAUGAGCCAACAAGCUGCUGCUCUGCAGACCUACAAUAAUGAGCUCGUCAAGUGUUUUGAUGACCUUUUUUCCAAGCGGGACGAGUUGAGCUGUCAGAUCAAGUUGGAGGAAGAGGAGAAGGAACGACUCCAGCAUGACAUCCGCAGCCUCUCGGAGAAGCUGAGCAGAGUUAAUGAAAGCCUGGCACAAAAAAUGGCUGCAUACGACACAAUCAACCGUACCAUCGCAGAGACUGAGGCUGCAUACACCAAGAUCUUGGAGAGUUCCCAGUCUUUACUGAGUGUCCUGAAGCAGCAGGCAGUCAAUUUCAAUAAAACCUCAGCACCUCGGAGGAAAGAGCACUAACGUGCAGAAGACUGCACAAGGAAGGAACUGUUUUUAAGAUUUUGACCAUUUGGAUUGAUUUGAGUUUUUGCACCAAUAAAUACUGAAUACCUCCCAAUG